AAAAAAGCACAAUAAGGAAGUAGCAGGGAGCGUUCUGUGUUUGUGUGUUUAAUAUAGUUCCCGUUUAAUGUGCAUUAAAGCGUUUUAGUCUUUAGUUUGUGUAAUUUAUUAUGUUUGCUACAGUGUAAGUGUCACGGUGAUUGAGCUACUGACAGACUGUUAGUUAGCUAGCUACUGCUGCUGUUUUAAGAGGAGGAGGAAGAAGAAGAAUGGCAGACGAGGCUCCUUUCCAGUUUUUACAUAACGAGUUGAUUCAGUACAUCUAUAAGACGGCUGAGAACGGAGAAGCGGAAAAUGGCAGGAAUAUCACCAAACUGGAGACUAUGGGCUUCAGAGUGGGGCAAGGACUCAUAGAGAGACUAACUAAAGACACGGCUCGCUUCAAAGACGAGCUGGACAUCAUGAAGUUCAUCUGCAAAGAUUUCUGGACCUGUGUGUUUAAGAAGCAAAUCGACAACCUUCGUACCAACCACCAGGGCAUCUACGUUCUGCAGGACAACAAGUUCAGAUUACUGAGUCAGCUGUCUGCGGGGAAGCAGUAUCUGGAUCAAGCUCCAAAGUACCUGGCCUUCACCUGCGGUCUGGUGAGAGGAGGGCUGUCUAACCUCGGAGUGAAGAGCAUCGUCACAGCUGAGGUCUCCGUCAUGCCUGCAUGUAAAUUCCAGGUGAUGAUCCAGAAAAUGUAGCAGCCAUCAAUGCCACUCUGCUCUCAUCUUUGCCUUCAUCGUUCUUUGUCAUGAAAGGGAAGUGCCACGCAUCUUUAUGACCUGUAAAUAACACUCAUGUGUGAGGACCACACUGAUUUUAUUAUCUUAAUGAACAAACACUAUUUAAUGCCAUGAUGAUUUCUGAAGAGAUUAUUGAUCAGGUUUUAUUCUGAGAGAUUACAACAGAAUGAAUGUUUGACUCUGAGCUAAACUGCACAAUGACAGGCCUCUUUAUCUAUAAGGAAUGAUAAUCAUUUUAAUUAUAAUUACAAUGUAUUGAGUCAUGUUUGUGUAGAAUUGUACUGCAUUCACUUGAGGAAAUAAAAAUCAGUUUUUCUGAAUUAAUGAGGAUUUUAACCUGUUAAUUCAUAAAAACAGCCCUUUUCUACUUGAAUUAGCCAGAUAGUUAAGAGAGCUAAAUUUGGAGAAUUUGGGGAUUUAAAUUUAACUUUAAUUAAAAAAUGGCCAUUCCUAUGUUAUAUUUAUUUUUAUGGAAUCCCUCCUAUAUUUCCAACUUUUUGCAAGGUGCUGCUUUUCUAACAGACCAUGAUUAUUCUCUGACAUCUGUUACAUAUUCUGCCACCCAAGCCUCCAUGAAACAUUUCUAAGUUAAGUAGAGGCUAAUCAUCUCUGCCUUCCUCCUCUGCUGACCAAAUUAAACUGAGGAGUCUUUACAACAAAAACUUCACUCUGUAAGGUUUAUUAACUAUUUAAUUUUGCUGAUGAUUUUCACAUAAUAAGGGAGAAAUGCCUAUAAUAUCAUAGCAUCUCCACUCUUUUAUUUCACAAGUGAAUGCAGUACUCUCUGCAUUUGUAUUUUUAAAUAUAUAUAUGUUACAAAAGGAAACACAUGUCUUGCUUUAACCUCACAAGUGAGUCAAAAGCAGAAGGUGUCUGGCUCUAAAAGCUUUUUUAUGUCAGCAGUUGAUUUAACAAAUAAAUAUAUAUAUUCAUGUAUGUAUAAAGAUCUAACAUUAAUAUAUAAAAUAAGGACAUGGAGCCAAGCUUUAAUAACCAGAUGAAGGGUUUAAAAGAGGAAGAGAGAGAUUAUAUGAAGAACUGUGUCCUUAGACUGGUGAUUUAAACUGAACUAAUGCUUAUAUCUGACCACAGAUAUUCUCCACAGACUAACCGUCAUAAGCGUAGCACUGAUCAUGGUCAGCUUUAUUACUAAAGCAUGAAAACUUCAUACACCAUGUUAUAAAUGGAUCUGUUUUUAAUAAAGAGGGUUUUUUUAAA